GAAUGAAAAUAUUUUCUUGAAUUUUUGGCGUAUUGUAAAAUUGAUUUCAAUAGCGCCCGAUUGAAAAAAAAUAUUUCUUUCUAUUAAAAUUUUCGUUAUUUAUUUAUACAAAGUGAAAUAAUUAUUAGAAUCAUGUCAUUGCUUUGUUAUAAGAGCAGGAACUUUACGCCAAAAAGUGCGACUGCGCACUGGCCAAAUUAGUAGUGUGAAAGAAAAUGGCGAUCAGCGAAAGGCGUCCGGAGUUAACGUGAUGAAAAACAUUGUAAAAGCUCAAUUACAUAGUGUUAUAGUUAAUAAUUGUGUCAGAUGUAGAUUAUUUAAGUGUUAAUGAAUAGUGAUUGUGUAUAAAAAUGACAGCGAACAUGUACAGAGUCGGCGACUGCGUCUAUUUCGAGACGUCGUCGACGUCUCCGUACCAGAUCCGUCGGAUAGAGGAGCUGAACAAGACCGCGAGCGGCAAUGUGGAGGCCAAGGUCAUGUGCUUCUACCGCCGGCGGGACCUCCCGAACCCCCUUAUACAGUUAGCUGAUAAGCAUCAAAUGGCCCAGUCCGAAGACUCGCCGGUGGCUAUGAAGCUGAAGAAGAUGUGGCUAAAAACUCCGGUGGGCGAGGAGCAGGCCGCCCAGGCAGUGUUGGACCCCGCGUUAGGUACUCAUUGGCAGGAACAAAUAUCGUCAAUAGAAGAGGACCAGACCUCGGAGCUGCCCGGCACGGACGGGCUCGCGCCCAAGCAGCGCCACCAGGCCAAGCACCGCGAGCUGUUCCUGUCCCGCCACGUGGAGACGCUGCCGGCGACCCACAUCCGCGGCAAGUGCACCGUCACGCUGCUCAACGAGACCGAGUCGCUCGUCAGCUAUCUGAAUAAGGAUGACGCAUUUUUUUAUUGUUUAGUAUUUGACCCUUCACAAAAGACUUUAUUAGCGGAUAAGGGAGAAAUAAGAGUUGGAAGUAGAUAUCAGACUGAAGUUACUAAUUUAUUAAAAGAAGGCGAGGAGGACGGGCGCAACAGCGAGGACCUCGAGACGGUGGUGUGGACGCCGCAGCACGGGCUCUCGGACCGGCAGAUCGACCAGUUCCUCGUGGUCUCCCGCUCCGUGGGCACCUUCGCAAGGGCCCUGGACUGCUCGUCCAGCGUGAAGCAGCCCUCGCUGCACAUGUCUGCCGCUGCCGCCAGCCGCGAUAUCACCCUUUUCCACGCAAUGGACACCCUCCACAAGUCGGGCUACAGCAUAGAGGCGGCGCUGGCGGCGCUGGUGCCGGCGUCCGGGCCGGUGCUGUGCCGCGACGAGAUGGAGGAGUGGAGCGCCUCCGAGGCUAACCUGUUCGAGGAGGCGCUCGACAAGUACGGCAAGGACUUCCAGGACAUCCGGCAGGACUUUUUGCCGUGGAAGACGCUGAAGAACCUGGUGGAGUACUACUACAUGUGGAAGACCACGGACCGCUACGUGCAGCAGAAGCGCGUCAAGGCGGUGGAGGCCGAGUCCAAGCUCAAGCAGGUCUACAUUCCCAACUAUAACAAGCCGAACCCGGCGCUGCUGCCGGCGAGCAAGGCGGCGGCGGUGCUGAACGGGGGCACUAACGGCGCCGCGCACGCCGCCAGCCCCGACCUCUGCGCCUCCUGCCAGGGCACGAACUCAUCACAAUGGUACUCGUGGGGCCCGCCGCACCUGCAGUACCGGCUGUGCGGCGCCUGCUGGUCCUACUGGAAGAAAUACGGCGGCCUCAAGGUAAAUGUUACGGCGGGCGUGUUCGGCGAGGCGGAGGCGGAGGCGGCGAAGGCGGGCCGCGAGGGCGAGGAGCUGGCGCUGUCCGUGAGCCACCGCCCGCACCGCUGCACCGUGCCCAACUGCGCCAAGGAGUUCAAGCUGCGCGCUCACCUGGCGCGCCACAUCGCCACCGCGCACGGCUCGGGCGUGGAGGGCGCGCGGCCCGUCAUGAAGACACGCGCCGCGUUCUACCUGCACGCCAGCCCCUUCACACGCCUCGCCCGCCGGCUGUGCCGCGCGCUGCGCCGCCCGAGACACUUCGCCAGGGCCCCCUUCUCGCCGAUUAACUUGGCGCAGGUCAAACAUGAGUGUUCCAUAGCCAUGGCCGGGCUGGGCGCCUCGGAGCUGCGCGCUCUGGGCGCGGGCGGCGGCGGCACCCCGCGCGCGCGCGGACCCGUGGGACAGGUGGCGACGCGACUCGCCACGGCCAUGGGCACGCCGCCGCCGGCGCGCGGGCACGAGUGGCUCGUGCUCACGCCCAAGGACCGCAUGCCCACGCCCGCGCACGUCGCCUAUCCCAAGCCGCCGAAGGCUCCGGACGGAAGCCUGAUGUACGAGCGUGUGCUGAACCGCUCCGAGAUCGAGGCGCGCGCCGCCGCCGCCGCCGCCGCCGCCGCGCCGCCCGCGCCCGCGCAGCCGCUCAAGCGGCGAUACGACGAGCUGAAUGGACUCGACAACAUAACUCCAGGAGCAGCGUCGAAGAACAGCGGCGCGCCGCCGGCCAAGCGGCCCAACAAGCACCCGGCGCCCAUGCAGCGGCCGUCGCGCGAGCAGUACGCCGCCAUGUGUGCGCGCGCGCAGGCCACCGGACAGCCGCUGCCGCCGCACGUGUUCGCUCACGUGAACGGCAAGCCCACGGGGCUGGGCCGCGGCGGGCGGCGCCACGUCAUCUCGUGGAUGGACGCGCCCGACGACCUCUACUUCCGCGCCAACGACACCGCCAAGGCCGUCCGCCGGACCCUGAGCAGCGGGGAGCUGCGGCGCGGCGCGCGCGCCCCCUGGCGGGCCAUGCGCGGCGGCGCGCUGCCCGGCGCCCCCCCCGCCGCCGCCGCGCCGCUGCAGCUCGUCAUCCUCGACUGACAGCGCCCGCCGCCCCCGCCCCCGCGCGCCUACACCAUGGAGGCGCUGCUCGGCUGAGACACUGUACAUAAUAAAACAAACCCUAGUGUUACGUCUAUCGACUAAGAUCGUAUGUGCUCGUUAAUUUAAUUAAGUAGGAGAGUGACGCGCCGCGUACGGAACGGUUCACGGUAAAGUUAAAAUGAAGAUUGUAUUUUUGGUAAUCGAAUCGCCGAGGAUGGAUUCUGUAGAUAAUAUUUUAAACUAUAUUGUUCUUAUGUGGUUUGAUCUGGCGUCGAGCAAAAUAAUGUAUUUGAUACAUAAAAUGAUAUGUAAGUCUAUUUCAUUCGGAGAUUCAUUGUAGGAUAAUUUACAAUUUUUUUCAUAAAUAAAGCACAAAUUGAAAUA